AUGUCUGCGCCUGCUGUUCCACCCACCUCCUCCGUGCUAUCUCCUUCUACCGCUUUUCCCGAGCCUCCACCUGUGGUUGACCGUGGUUCUCGACGUUCGUCCCGCCGGGUGGCUUCGUCGUCCUCCGGUCCGUCGCUCCCCGCCCGUUUGGAUGCCGUGACGGCCGACUUGCUUGUAUCCGACGAGGUCCCCCACCUUGUGCCGGAAGCUGCCGCGACCGAUCAACUCGCGGCUGAAAUCAACGCUGCGCUUUUCAGCCUCCGCCCUUCUGCUGAAAUAGUGGACUCUAUUGCUACCUGUCUGCAGGCCGGUGGUCUGGUGGACCCUCGCAACGUCCAGGAGCUCACUCGCGAGGACAUUGAGCUUUUACUACCAGGUCCCGAGCGGGUGGGGGCUCGAACUAUCCUUCGUACAGUAACUCGUCUGCUAGCUGCCCGUCUGCCUCCCUCUGGAUCUGCCGCGGCGGACCCCAACCCUCCGCGCUCUGGGUUUGGCACGGUGUGCCAUUUCGAUCUCCCUGCAGCCCUCUGCGCCCGUCAUCUCGAGGGUCUCGACGGCCGUGUCAUUCCCUCGUCUAGCUUGCUCGAUACAGUCACUAGCAACGGUUCUGCGGAGCAUUUGGUAGCCACCAUUGCGACACUCGAGCUCAACCUUUCCGUCCUCGGGGACACCACUCCCUCGCAUUCUCCUGAGGUUACUCCCCAAAGUCUCCUGACUGCCUCCAGGGCCUCUACCUCCUUGGCGGGCAAACCAAACUUCCGUCCGUCGGCCUUCGUUCCGUCACUCGUGAGAUGGUGCAUCCUUGCCCUUUUGACCACCAACCUGCCUUUGGCCGCGGUCCUAGGUCACCUGGUAUGGUGUUCCAAGUAUGUGGAGCUCCAUGGUCCCUACACCGCGGCUCUCUACGACCAGCUCCACCGUUCUGCGGUUGCCGCAUCACUUCGUGCAGGAUCUUCG